AUGCCAUUUAGAAUCUUGGAUGCAUAUGAAAAUCCAACGCGUGAUGCAGCAGCACAUUUUGAAAUAUCAUCCCUUAAUUUUUGUAUUCAAAAUGGACAAUCAUGGACAGUGCCACUAGGAAGAAGAGAUGCAAGAACUGCAAGCCAAAGUGCUGCAAACAGCCAGUUACCAGGCCCUUCAAGUACUCUAGCACAAUUAAUCACUAGUUUUUCAAACAAGGGGUUUACUGCUCCGGAAAUGACUGUUCUAUCCGGUUCUCACACCAUAGGUCAAGCUGGUUGCGGAAGUUUCCGAACCCGUAUUUACAAUCAAGCAAACAUUGAUCCAGCUUUUGCCACCACUCGCAGGGCAACCUGCCCUUCCACCAGCGGCAGCGGUGAUCGAAAUUUGGCUCCACUUGAUGUCCAAACUCCAACCCGAUUCGAGAACACUUACUUCCAAAACUUGGUGGCUCAGCGAGGGCUACUAAAUUCAGACCAAGUCUUGUUCAAUAAUGGAUCACAAGAUGCAUUGGUUCGAACAUACAGUCAAAACAAUGCUAGGUUUCUGACUGAUUUCGCAGCAGCAAUGGUUAAGAUGGGAAAUCUUAGUCCAGCUUCAGGCACUGUUACAGAGAUUAGAAGAAAUUGCAGGAGGACUAACUAA